AUGUCAGGUGGUUAAAAGUAGUAAAAAGAGUCGAUCAUUAAUCUUUCUUAAUAUGUUGGAAAAGAUAUUCGUGUUAAAUUUUAGGGAGGCAGAGAAGUGACAGGUGUUUUAAAAAGUUUUGAUAAUUAACUCAAUAUGAUUUUAGAUGAUUGCGUUGAAACUAUAAGAGAUAAAAAUGAUCCUUAUUUGAUGACAGAACAAAAAAGAAAGUUGAAUUUAGUAGUUGUUAGAGGAACUUUGGUUUCUACCAUAUUCCCAAUGAGCGGCACAGAAAUAAUUGAAAAUCCUUUUGUAAACAUGGAAGAAUAGUGA